UUUUCGCUAAACUUUGCCAGGUCGAGGUUAAUUUGUACUUUUGCGUUUACCAUUUAAUAUGCUUUCUCAGUCGACAGUGUGUCGUUGAUCGUUCAUCAUGAAGGAACAGUGGAGCAUCAGUAAAGAUAAACUCGUCAGUAUAGAAGAUGGAUUAAUUUGCAACGAAGAAACCCCCCGCAUUCGACCCACCGUACAAACAGAUACCUGUAAAAAACUGAUACAAUGCAUAAAGUUCAUAUUGUAUUUGGAACUGCUCUUGUUCGUCGGAUGGGGUUGUUACGCAAUAUGGCAAACUUAUCGUGUCGAAUCAAUAGAGGUCAGGGUUACGGACAGUAUUCAGGAAUCAGAGCCGCGCAAUUUGCACGAUCAACGUUUACAUCUCGAGGAAAGUCCGACCACUACCAAUGAGUUUCUUACGCAAAUGGAAAAUUUGUUACAAGCGGAAAAUGCUCUGUCGAAAACAGUCGACGCUCUUCAGAAGCAAUUGGAUGAAGAGAGAAUAAAUACGGCUUCUAAAGAUCCCAAUUCGAGGUUGCAAAAUUCGCGAGAAAGUGGCGUCGAACUCAAAUCCUCUCCAUUAUCCGAAAUUAACGUUCCAGAAAUGAUAGUAGUAGAUUUAGGAAAAGACAUAGAGAACGAAGAACCAAAAGUAAGUCCCAAUUUGUCAAAAUCGGAAGAAAACGUUCUGGAAUGGACUUUCGGUAAUGGAUUUUUUGUCCUGUUUCCGGGCGCUUUUAAUAUCAAAGAGCGAGCACAAAUUGCCGAGAACGACGGAUCUGAACAGUCAAAAAUUCCAGAGAAUCUGCCAGAAAAUGAGAAUGAGGAAAUGAUCGACUCGGCGGAAGCUGACAGAAUAAUUGAGGAAAUCGCGAAAGUGUUACGCGAUGCAAAAUCUGCGGAGCUUACCGAGGACGUAGCCACUGCCUACCAACGUCUCAGCCCUGACGAUUUAUCUAAAAUGGGUAUCCCUACUCCGCUGAAUGUAAUGUUGACUCCACCGGCAGUAUUUGUUAAUCCAGAUAUAGACACGGAUGUCAAUUCGGAUGAUGCUAACGUUGAUCCAACUGUUGACCAAGAUACGAACGGAAAGGGAUUGGUGCAUAUUGUCGUAAAUCAUCCGGAGCUCAAUCCAGAGUUUCAAGAUGACUUCGCCCAUGAAAAUCCGAUUGGAGAAUAUGUUGACAGUCCAGUUGAUGAAAGUGCGCUCUUGGAUGCAACUACCGACGAAGGGCAGGAAGAUACGAUUUUAUUUCCAGCUGACUUUGUAAAUAACCCAGAAGAUGAUUCUCAAGUAGAUCAACCUUCGUGGACGAGUGAUGAAGAAUUUGUUUUGCUUGAGCCAAAAUUCUACAGAGAUUCUGGAAUAAUUAACAAGCGUAGUAUUUCUGAUGCACCGGUUAAGGAACAACAUUUAUGGAAUAAGCGAGUUGAUGAUAAUCUGAAUAAACCGAAAGAGGAAGUUAUAUAUAACCGCGUAAGUAAUGAAGGACCAUCCCUGAAUACUCAGACAAACAGAAGAGCUACAUCUCUUUUGGACAGUUAUAUCCGCGGAGAAGAGAAUCUAUUAGCACAAGAAAUUGCAACUGUCCCCAAUCACGAACAACAACUGAUAAAAAAUGAUCUAACUAAUUUUUUCCAUAAAAUGGAGAUAUUAGCCUCUCAUAUCGAUAAACUGCAUGAACGCUACCUUUAUUUUCACGAAUUGAACGACGAUUACAUCUCCGAAGAAUUUCCAUCGGAUGAUCUACCGAAAUAAACAAUAAAAAUUAAUUGUUAAGAUUAAA